CACAAUAAUUAGUACGGCUGUCGCCACGAAUGAAAAUACAUUCAGUCCUGAAGACAAUCAACAAAAGCUGUUUUGGAUUGUACUCGUGCCGGAAUGUUUGACGCUAUUCAGUUUCCAAACACUUUCGUGGAGUGUCUUGUGUUGGUGUAGAAUACAAAUGGACGUCCCCAAAUUUAAUCUGACAUAACUUUUGUGAUUUUUCUCAGUGAUUGUGCCUGGAAAAUAUUUUCAAUUAUGUUCAACGGGUGCAAAAAGAGUGAUUUAUGGAAAUUAUGCAGGAACGUCAUUUAAUAACUAACUUCGUUUAUUUUGCCAUAUGGAUUUCGAUUUUACAUGGGACACAGGUGAGAGCCCACCUCAAAGAUGUCCUGAAUCCAGUGAACGUAGACUUUGAUGUAUGGCACCAGCGUGACACGCGAGUAGCCAUCAGGGCCAAUGAUCUCCUUGCUUGCGAGAGGCCCAAUAUCUAUAUCUGUGAGGAGCCUCCAGAGACCGUUCCACCAGACGCCAGAAAGACCUGCAACUAUCGCAAUGUUCGCUACCAUGAGCAAGUGUUCCGCUGGGUGGCGGGCCGAGGAUGCCUGCUUUACACUCCUGACUUCCUCUUCGUGGCCGGCACUAACACCAUCAACUUGAACGCUGGCUGCUUCUACGGGAACUGGUUCGCACCCUGUUUGGAGAUUGCUAAAGAGGACGGGUCAUGUGGCUGCUAUCCUUUCGACCCUGGUUUAGAGGAGGUGGCUGCCGCGGUACACGAGGCGUUGAUACCAGCAGCUCAGGGAAGGUGGGAGCGAUGCUUCUACGCUGCCAGCGAUUGCUGCAGCCAUUAUAUGCCUGACACUCUAAAUGUAUCCGAUACCAGCCAGUGUGAGGCAACGUUUGACGGCUGGACUUGCUGGCAGGAAGCGUAUGUGGGCGCGUUGGCUACAGAAAUUUGUUCCGAGUUCGCUUAUUCUAAUACCGGGCCUUCUUGUCAUCACUACAGCAGCAAGCAAUGCCAUACAAACGCAACAUGGGAGCUACAGACGGACUACAGUACGUGCAGCAUCACGCCUCGACUCCUUCGCCGAUACCAGUUUUAUAUCGCCGUGCUGUCCAUCUCCAUCAUCGCUUGUCUCCCCGCCGUGUUCAUCUUUUGUUUCUACAAAAGAUUGAGGAUCACCCGGGUAGCACUACACCGGAAUCUUCUCAUUGCCAUCAUUGUGAGGAAUGCGUUGGUGAUUGUCAGCAGAAGUGAGAUCUACAUAGACGAGUUAACAAAUGCUGGCGAGACGGUGAUGUCAUCUCACGGCGUUGCGUGCCGCGUGCUCGCGUUCGCCGAACGUGUCGCAGGCAAUAUCGUGUUCGUAUGCAUGCUCGUUGAGGGGCUCUACUUGCAUCGCUCGAUUGUUGCCGUGUUCAAGCAGAAGCUCAAGAUCAAGUGGCUGUAUAGCAUCGGUGCAGUCAUAGCGCUAGCUCCAGCCAUCUCCUGGGCAGCAGUGAUGGCAGUGCACAACGACCACUCCUGCUGGCUGAUAUACACCGUGAAGCACGUCCAGUGGAUCCUCGACGUGCCACGCAUCACCAUCCUACUGGUCAACACUGGCUUGUUCAUCGAUGUCUUGAGGGUACUCCUCACUAAGAUCAGAAACUCCGAGAAUGCUAAUCAGCUGAGCACAGCUAAAGCAACGCUGUUCCUAAUGCCAAUAUUCGGGACACAGUUCCUGCUGACUGCAUUCAGGCCUGCCACUAACAACUGCACUGAGGAACAGAUCUAUUACUACGCCUCGUACACCGUCGAGGGGCUGCAGGGGCUCAUUGUAGCUUUGCUGUACUGCUAUAUCAAUAGAGAGGUUCACAGCCUAAUCAAAGCAACAUACAGAAAAACAGAAACUGCAGUAGUAUCUCGUAUUCGAAGUGACUCCACCUACCCACGAAUGAGCAUGGGCCCAAACUCUGACAGAAGAAUUACCUGCAGCACCGGACUGCCUUCCAGUCAAUCCGAUGACGCUAAAGACCAAUACGCAACAAUAAGACCCAAAUUACAUGUCGCUGAAAUCAUCUCAAUACAAGCUAGCGAACGAUUAGCCGAGAUUUUAGAACCAGUGUAUGAAACGAUACAAAACGGAGUGACCAACGAAGGUUAUGACUCGCUUGACAGAUCGGACUUAGACAAUGAUUCCGGCUUUAUAGCCAACAGGGAUUUCAAAGUAGAAGAUUAUUACGGAUUCACGAAUGCAUCUAGUAUAUCGAUCGAUUGUCAAGACUGGAUUCGAUGCGUGUCGUCGCCUUCUAGCAGCGUCUACAACAAUUCUUUGACCGAUUACGAAACCAAAUAUUUAGAAAAGAAAUUCGCGAUUCAAUCGAAACUUCGUGAAAUUACUGAAGUUCGUGAGAAGAAUUCCGAUGAAAUAAUUGCGAAUUGGGAUUGUUUGGGCUAUAGAAGUUCGCAAGCGGACUCUGAAGAAGUUAAGCAAGAGGUUGGCCCUGAGAGAGAGCCCGUCACUCGGAAGACGACCGACGAAGCUUUAUACGACGACUGUGAGAAUAUGCUCGAAGAGAUAAUGCAAUAUAUGGAAACUACGGAUUCAGCUAAAGUCACUUUAGAUCCUAACUCUCUCGCACCGAAUAGACGCGAUGGAGAUAGGAUUAUAUUUUUAAAUAAUGAAUAAUUACUUACACCUUGUUAACAUUAUCAUAAAAUCCAUUAUCUGUAGAAUUAGAUGACAAAGUGCUCCUGAUAACGUUUUCAUCGUGAUAUCCUGAAAUCAAUGGAACAAUUUAUGAAAUGUGUGUAUAUCGCCUAAAAUUACUAAAUAAUUUUUAAUUUCCAAAUCAACACUUGUCUAGUGAGGAAAAGGAUGCUUUAACUUAUUUGUUAAUCCUUUUUUCUUAGUUUUCAGAUUUUUUUGAUAUUAUUAAGAUACUUAGAUACUUUAUUCUUCGUAAGUUCAGUUUUAUACCUAACUUAUUAUGUAACAAACUUUUUUAAAAAUAAAUAAUAAAAUAUAA